AUGGUUAAUGGCAAUGAGGAAAUGGAGCCCACGGGAAGCGAGACAGACGGACCCGGCUCUGACUCCGGGCCUGCGGCCGGGGGCGAGUUCCUCAGCGCUGCCCGCCAAGUGGCGCUGCCGCUCGCUCACGCGUGCCGGGCGCUCGCUGAGCGCUCUUGGUCCCUCCGCUCAGCGGGCUGGGGCGGAGCUUCCCGGGUCAGCCGCUGCGCUGCCUCCAUUAGCUGUGACCCGAAACCCUGCCUCGAACCGCCGCUGCUUCCAGGCCGGGAGAGCCCGUCCGUAGGGCAGCCCCGGGCUCUGCUGCCACCAGCCCCUGAGCCGGAGCCUGCAGGUGAGCACAAGCAGGAAACAUCUUCAUUCACAUGUGCUGGUAAAAAAGCAACUCCUGACAAGAUGCCUCCCAAGCGAUCCAAAGGAAAUGUUUCACAGGGACUGAACCAGAAAAAGUCCCUCAAGAAUCAGAGGAAGUUGGACAAGCUACAGAAGAGCUCUCUUGUGCAGAGAGAGGGUAAAUCAGCCAUCCGUGGGAGGGCUGUGAGGAAGAGCAAAGACACCAUCAUCUGCCAGAGAACAUACGCAGAGGAGAAGCCCAACAUCUGCAUUGAGUGUGGGAAAAGCUUCACCCAGAGCUCAGACCUUAUGAACCAUCAGAGAACUCACACAGGGGAGAAACCCUAUAAAUGCAUCGACUGCGGGAAGAGCUUCAGCGUCAGCUCAAACCUGAGUCGACACCAGAGAACCCACACAGAGGAGAAGCCCCAUCCCUGCACUGACUGUGGGAAAAGCUUCACAAACAAGUCCACCCUGACCCAACACCAAUGCCUCCGCACAGAUGAGAAGCCCUAUAAAUGCAUUGACUGUGGGAAGAGCUUCAGCCGCAGCUCCCACCACAAGAGGCAUCUGAGGAGCCCUCCAGGGAAGAGGCAGGACAAAUGCACCCACCGGGAAAGCGCCACUGUUGGGAAGGUGAAAGAAACUAAAGUGUCUAAGAAGAAAACCCCAACCAUUGAGAUCCCCAACACAUGUGCCGAGUGCUGGCAAAGCUUCAGCCAGAACUCGGACCUGGUCAAACACAUGAGGAUCCACACAGGAGAGAAACCCUAUGAGUGUCCCGACUGCGGAAAAAGAUUCAAUGUCAGUUCAAAUCUGAUCAGACACCAGAGGAUCCACACAGGAGAGAAACCGUACACGUGCUCUGACUGUGGGAAAAGCUUCACUGAUAAAUCCACUCUGACCCAGCACCACCGGAUCCACACAGGAGAGAAACCGUACAUAUGCACUUACUGCGGGAAAAGCUUCAGCCGCAGCUCCCACCACAAGAGACAUGAGCGAACCCACACUGGGGAAAACCCCGUGUCCUUUCUGCCCUUGUGGCCCUACCCCACCCAGACAUACUGAAAUGAUCCCAUUGGUUCUGGGCAAUGGGAGCUGAGGGCCCAGGAACUAAGUGGGAGAUUUUCCAAAGCCCCAUCAUGAUUCAGUAGCACAAUCCCCAUCAGCUUCCAAUAAGACGUAGGGUCCCCUGUGCUUGCAUUACUUCUGGGCAUGAGACCUAGGUUCCUAAAUCAGUUAGGUGUUCUAGUGCCACAUAGAGUAAACUCUUGACAACUGUAAGAAUUUGGGUCUGAAAUCCCACCUAGAACGAAAGGAGCUCUGUGAGGGGUUUUUAGCAUUAGGAAGUAAACUACCCAAAUUCCAUUAGGAUUAUUUGUAUUGUGGUAGUGCCUAGCAGCCCCAGUCAUGGACAAGGAACCACAGUGCUAGGUGCUGUACAAACACAGAACAGAAAAAUGGUCUCUGCCCCACAGAAUCAACAGGAUCUGGGUGCCUAACUCACUUAGACCCCAUGAACAUCCACAGUUUCAUAGAGUUUAGGGCCAGAGAGGACAAUUAGAUCAUCUAGUCUGACCUCCUGUAUAUCACAGGCCAUGAAUCUCAUGCAAAUACUGCUAUAUCAAGCCUAAUUACUUUAGUUAAACUAAAACCUUUCAGUGCUUAAGAGGCUAAACUGUUGUGAGCCAGAGUAGAAAACAGGAGAGACCAAGUGGCCCCUGCGAUAGCUGGGAAUUGAUUAGGUGAGAGAUCCUGGGAUGAUUCCCAGCAGACAAUUCACACCCCAUGCAGUGGAGGAAUGCAAAAAACCUCAAGAUCUCUGCACCUGGGGGAAGAUUCUUACCCAACCCCAAAUCUGGUGAUCAGUCCGACUCUGGGCAAGUGAGCAAAAUCUACCAGUCAGGCAUCUAGAAAAACAAUUCUCUGAACCACUUCAGAGUACUGGCUUACCUCAUCCUGGGUCUGAUGCUUCAGAGAAAGAUGAAAAAGAAACCCAGAUACAUCUGGCCAGUGGUGCAUUGGGAAAAAAAAUUCCUGUUCCCUGCAAGGGGAGUGUCUGAAGCCCUGAAGCAUGAGAUCUCGUUAUUGUCAUUACAUAGUACAGCCAGUGUGCAGGGAGGGGUGGGAUAAAAAGCCUGUUCUUUGGGGCACAUCUUUCAGCAGGGAGCUACUUCUUAGAAGAAUUUAUUUGAUUUUAUGUGAUCAUUGGCCUGUAUGGAUGAGUUGAGGUGGACAGUAGAGCCCUGUUCCCAGCCGAGAUGGUGUGUACAACAUGAUUGGAUACCCCAGAACUGGCUGUCACUGGUCCCCUUGCACAGUGUCAGCAGGGAAGGCAAGCACUCAGGAAGCCCAGCAGAUCUGAACUCCCCUGACUUCAGCAGGAGCUAUGAAAUCUGGGCUCAGUCUGGGUUUAGCCUGCAGUUCCGCUACCUGUGGUGAGGAUAUAAAGGGGCUGUUGAGCCUAGUUCCUCUCCCCAGCACUGAUCCCCAUCUCUUGUGCAGUUGGUCAGUUCUGACACAGAUCCAGCGGAUCUCCUUGUGCUGAUAACAUUCAGAAAAGGGGGUUUCUCACUCCUACUUUCCUGUGUAAAUAGCCCCUCCCCCCCAGUUAACUUUGCUGGCUCUCUGCGCUGGCACCUUGCUGGCAGCCAGUCUGAGACACAUCACCCCAAACUCCAGUUUGUCUUGCUGUCAAAGCUGAACUGAUAAGAUGCUGGAGCCAGAGAAUUGGGGAUUCCCACAUUCUCCAACUGCAAGCAAACUGCUUUGAGGCAGGUUAUAUUCCCCCCAGUCCACCCCACCCACCAGCCUUCGUUACCUUGCUCCCCAUAUCGCACCCUGCCCAUUAAUUGACAUCUCUGCCUCAGAAUGAGAGUUGGGUGCUGCUGUUGUUCUGUUCCCCUGGCUCUUGACUCCCUGGGCCUCAGUCUUCAGAGUUUGUUCCUUCCCCUCCCCUGGAGCUUGGGUUAGUUGAGGGGACUCACAGCUGCAUCAGCAGAGUCCCAGAGCCCAGGUUUGCGUGUGAGGCUGCUCAAAGCUGGAGCAGCUGCUCCCAGGGAGGCUGGGCACAUGGACACUCCCAGCUGUGGCAGAGCCUCUCUCUCUUGUAUAUACUACAUGUGUAGUUGCCAAGUAUGUUAAAUGCAUUAGGCUUUAUAGAGAACACAUUCUAUUAAAAAAGCCUCAGGCGCCUUGGAAAAUCCCAGCCUGAGAUUCUGGACCAUUGUAAGAACAAUGAACAGGAAUCACCCAAGGACGAGAUGUUAUGUAAAAUAUCCCCUGUUGUAUUAUUUCAGCACUAGCUUGUAGGGAGAGCGGGAUGGUUGCAGAGAGCAGCACAGGGGUAGCGUUACCUGUUCAGAACGCUGACUUGUCUGCUCACCUGCUCAGCCUGAAUGCUCCCUUCAUCUAGGUAUUUUUUAUUUUGAAUAGAUGCCACUGAUGCUAUUCUAGUGACUGCUGAUGCUCUGAUUUUUCCUGCUCUGCUGAUGAUUCGUUUGUGUCUGUUGCGGGUGCUAACAUUUGCCUUUUUUAAAGUAUCAUUAAAUAGGAAACUGACUCUC